CUCACUUGGUUCCUCAGCACAGUCAGCUGCGUACACAGGCACCAUGCUGAGUCCCGUGCGCUGGUCGUGCGCUUUCAUCGUCGCUUUUCUUCUUGUAUCUGGAUGCCACUGCGAGGAUAACCGAAAACUUUUGGUCUUCCUCAUCGACGGGUUCCGCUAUGAUUACAUGGACGAUCUGCAGAACCUGCCCGGGUUUCAAGAAAUUGUACACAACGGCGUCAAAGUGGAUUACAUGACUCCAGACUUUCCGAGUCUGUCCUACCCCAAUUAUUACUCCCUCAUGACUGGUCGCCAUUGUGAUGUGCACCAAAUGACAGGGAAUUAUAUGUGGGAUCAGCACUCGUCAGAGGAAUUUCUAAUUGGAACCAAUCCAAGCAGCCGCUUACCGAUGUGGUGGGAUGGCUCUGAACCCCUCUGGGUAACUGUGCAGAAACAAGGCAAGAAAGCCUACAUGUACUACUGGCCAGGUUGUGAAGUGACGAUUCUUGGUGUAAAGCCCACAUUCUGUGAGAAAUAUGUUACCAGUCCUUCUUUGAAGAAUCUAAAUGAUGCCAUAGAGAAUGGUCUCAAUGUGCUAAAGAACGAUGUGGCAGACAUGGUAGCUGUGUACUAUGAGAACAUUGAUGUGGAGGGACACCACUUUGGUCCAGGGUCCGAGCAGGUGCGGACUGCUGUCCGCUCACUGGACGCGGCAUUCCAGACUUUAAACCACAAGAUCAAGGAGAAAGACUUGGAAGAUGACUUGAAUGUCAUCAUGUUCUCUGACCAUGGGAUGACUGACAUCAAGUGGAUGGAUAAGGUUAUUGAACUGGAGGCUUACAUAAACAUGUCCAAUAUGAUAAAUAUGAUGGACAGAGGGCCAGUUGUCAGUCUGUGGCCUAAACCAGCAAUGCUUGAAGAGACAUAUAAAGCAUUGCAGGCAGCAAAAAACAUGAAGGUGUAUCGGACACAUGAGAUCCCGGAUCGCUAUCACUAUAAGCGUGGAAAAUUUGUCUCACCAUUAACACUUGUUGCUGACCCUGGAUGGUUCAUCACUGAGAACAAAUCUACACUGCCUUACUGGCAGAAUGAUACAGGAGAACCGAUGGGCUGGCAACAUGGUUGGCAUGGCUAUGACAAUGAGUUCCUGGACAUGAGGGGCUUUCUUCUGGCUCAGGGACCAGCCUUCAAGAAGAAUUUCCGAGCAGGGCCGAUCAGAUCAGUGGAUGUGUAUAAUUUAAUGUGCAACACCCUUGACAUCCAUCCCCUUCCCAACAAUGGCUCCUGGUCUCGAGUGGAGUUUAUGCUGACAGGCUCUGCUGAUUCUAUACAGCCUGCGCUGCUGUACAGCUGUGUGCUGGCAAUCCUGUUAGUGCUACUGGUUUCUCGGUUUUAGAAACAACAUACGCAUCUUCCUUCUGCAGAACUGCACUAGGGCUAUAAUCAGUACUGUUUAAAGGCCAUUUGACGGUCAACUGAUGAUUCGGUAUAUAUAAAUAAUAACUCCUAUGUUUCAGUACACUAUAUCAGAAAAAAGUCGGAUAGAAUAACUAGAAAUUUCGGUUAAAACUGUACAUAUAGCCGAAUAUAACUAAAAUUGGUGAAAUUAAAUGCUGGUUAGGUUAAUAAAAGGUGGUCCAACUCUUGGCACAUACACAAAAAAUUAAUAAAUAUUUAAGGUCAGACACUUGCUCGUUAUUUUGAAAGAACAACCUUUCAAUUCUUUAUGACUUGCUUCACUAUGACACUAUGACAGAUACUUUAAUUCUAUUACACUAAUUUACCAUGUAUUCAGUGUUGUGGAUGCUUUUGUAUCCACUCCAUUUUGAUCCUAAUGGCAGUAAAAUAAGAAUUUGUGAUGCCCCUACCCCCCCCCCCCCAAAAAAAAAAAAAACAAGUUUCUGCACUCUAUUGAAUGUAAAGAAAUGUGCUGUUUUAAUUUUCCAGCAAGUGGAGAUCUGUUUUCUCAUCAUCACCAUUUCUGAAUAAGCUGUAUGUAUAUGUGUCAGGUUUAGUAAGCAUGCAGUUUUUGAAAUAAAAAACAUGUUUUUGUCCUAUUUUCAAGGAUCAACCAUGUUGAUCUGGAUCCUUGACACAUUUACAAUUGCAGUUGUUUUUACAAUUUGGAUUUGUGCUAAAAUUGUGGUUGGAAACAACUUCAUAAUUGUUAAGAUGUUUAAGGUGAUAUUAAUUCCAAUGGUCAUAUUUCACUUCGUGCUUAACAGGGAUUUGAAACCAUGGCUUGGUUGAUGACAAAUGGUUAUAAAGUGUUAGGAAGGCUAAAAAUUACUAAUAUUUUUCCUGGCUUGGUGUGAAUUACAUGAAACUUGUUUUCGUAGUAAAUAUUACUAUUCGUAAUGGCCAAGUAUUCAUUAAGUCAUGCCUAUUCAAGUCAACAAAGUUGAAUCCAAUAGUGACUACAGAAUGUAACACAGUAAGGAACCUUGUCACAUUGGUUCUAUAUUAUGGUUUUAUUACCUGUAUGCUUCUUUGAUAAAUCUGUUCACCCACUGAUAAUAAGUA